AUGAGAGAUAGUGAUCUACAUCUUGACGAUGAAGACUUAAAAAAUUUAGGUCUUCUUGAAAUUGAGCAUAUAUUAAAUAGAAAUGGAAGAUCUCUUAAAGAUUUUCCUCCCAUGCCAUUGCCAUCUUUGCAAGGUGCUCAAUUUGUGACAAAUAGGCUCAUCAGAGAAGAGAUGGAGCAUGAUAGUGUUUCGAAAAAACAAUUGUUCAAUGAAUUACAUUCUGGUUUAAAUAGUGAUCAACUGGAAGUUUAUGACACCAUAAUGAGUGCAUACAAUUCUUUGCUGUUACCAGGAGGUAGAACUGCGCAUUCACGCCUUAAAAUUCCAAUUGAUUUGGAUGAAUUCCCAAGUUGUGGUAUUAAUCAACAGAUUGAAUUUGCAAAAUUAAUUCAAGAGGCAUCAUUGAUCAUAUGGGAUGAAGCUCCAAUGCACCAUCGUUAUGGAUUUGAGGUAGUUGAUCGCACUUUCAGAGAUAUACUAAAGGGUACAUAA